UGGUGCACGCGGUUGGAUAGUGGGGGCGGAUCUGACAGAUUGGGCACUGCCUUGACAGAUUUAAUUUCAGAUUCACGUGGAUUUGAACAAGGCAUAAUUUUCCCUUGUGUACUUAUAUUUGUGUGAGUGUUCUCUAUUGUCUGUGACCUCAAUUAAACUAGUUUCUAAGGUCUACGAAACAGUUUGAAGUGCAAAAGUGAUAUAUUAGUGACCGUGUAUUUCAGGAACGUUUUGUAACUUAUACUUUAUCAACUCCUGUUCCUUCGUGCUUUCAGUGAAGGACAGGUCAGGCUGGUUCGACGCGUAGGAUUUUGACAUUUGACUACAUGUGAGAGGGUACAGUGUACUACUGAUGACGUUGGUGCCUCUCACGUGUUGAACAGCCAAUCAGAGUGCGGGAAACAUUAACGCAUGUUUGAACACGAGGGAGCAUUUGAAUAAAGGUAGUUGGUGUAUUAGGAAGUUUCCAGCCCGCCCUGUUAACAUUGUAAAAACAAUAUUGCUUGUGAGGUUGGCGUGUUAUGUUUUUUAUGUGAACAUAUGGACUCUUGGAAGAGUGAUAUUUAGUUGGUACUGUUUUUUGAGACUUUGCUGGAAUUAUCCGUGUGCAACAGCAGUGUAUUGAACCGAGUGUUUUGCGGAAGUUUCUAUUGUGCUUUGUGAUUUGAAAUGAGUUAAUAUUCCUGUCGCCUGCACAAUACAAGAUUUUUUUGAAAGAUCAUCUUUAUAUGCCUUCUGUUAACAUAAGGUGUCACCUCAUCGCUGAGGUGGCGUGAAGGUGAGGCGAGGGUAUAGGCCCCUGCGUGGCGGCAAACCCGUCAGACACAUCCGCCAUCAACAUGCACCAACAGAUGGCUGCCAUGAACACGAUGAACAAAAUGGGACCACAAGGGGAUUGGUCGCCGGGGGGCGCCACGCAGCAACAGCUGUCUGUGGUGACCACCGUGUGGGGAGUGACUACGUCGACGCAGUCCGGUCCCCACAACAACUUCCCGGGUAGCGGGGGCACCGUGGCUGCAGGGGGUGGGGGUUACGCUCAACAAGGAGCUCCAAACAAACAAGGCACUCCGUUUACUGGCGCUGGAUACCGACAGUCCGUCCCGCCGGGCGGCGUCGGUGGAGGGUAUGGAGGACCUCAGUCCACUGUCGGGGGGAUGAACACUGGGGGAGGCGGAACCGGAGGGGGCCCGGGCAACCCGGGGGUGCAAGAGGGUGGUGGACCUCAACAAUACCACCCCUCCCCUUCGGCAUUAAGCGCUGCUGCUAUG